AACUUUCCCAUCAUCUCUCACGCUCCUUGCGAAGAAGCACCCUAUUCCCUUGGUCAGGGCCCUACAGUAAAUCAUCCAGAAGUCAUGGUCGCCGCCGCUAUCGAGGCUCCCAUCGCGGAGAAGCCGCACUUGGAGAAGAAGCCCAUCAAGUUCUCCAACUUGCUGCUGGGCGCCGGUCUCAACAUGUUCGAGGUCACCACUCUGGGCCAGCCGCUCGAGGUCGUCAAGACCACCAUGGCUGCCAACCGUGGCGAUGGCUUCUCCACGGCUUUGGGUCGUAUCUGGGGUCGAGGUGGCCCUCUCGGCUUCUACCAGGGUCUCAUUCCCUGGGCCUGGAUUGAGGCUUCCACCAAGGGCGCAGUGCUGCUCUUCGUUGCCUCCGAGGCCGAGUACUACGCUCGUUAUAUGGGUGCUUCUGAGUUUGGUGGUGGCAUUCUGGGCGGUAUCACCGGUGGUGUUGCCCAGGCCUACGCCACCAUGGGUUUCUGCACCUGCAUGAAGACGGUCGAGAUCACCCAGCACAAGAUGGCCGCCGCCGGUGUCAAGCCCCAGUCCACCUUUGCGACCUUUAUGGAUAUUUACCGCAAGGAGGGAAUCCGCGGCAUCAACAAGGGUGUCAAUGCUGUCGCCAUCCGACAGAUGACCAACUGGGGAUCUCGCUUCGGUCUCAGCCGCCUGGCCGAGGGCUGGAUCCGCUCGGCCACGGGCAAGCAGCAGAGCGACAAGCUCUCUGCCGGGGAGAAGAUUCUUGCUAGUGCUCUCGGUGGUGGUCUCAGUGCCUGGAACCAGCCCAUCGAGGUCAUCCGUGUCGAGAUGCAGAGCAAGAAGGACGACCCCAACCGACCCAAGAAGAUGACGGUCGGCAACACUUUCCGCUACAUUUACGCGAACAAUGGUAUCAAGGGUCUCUACCGAGGUGUUACUCCUCGAAUUGGUCUCGGCGUUUGGCAGACGAUUUGCAUGGUUGCUGUUGGAGAUAUGGCUAAAACUUACGUGGAGAAAUUGACCGGCGACCAGGUCACGGCUAAGCAUUAGACGGCGUUUGGGACAGGGCUCGAUGAUUGGUAAUGAAUGUUUUCAAGAUUUGGGUUCUUAUUUACACGCGAACGAUGAAACGACGGCGGUGGGAAUAAUCUUCAAUAGCGGACUUGUUGAGACGGCGUCUCUCGAGUUUGUCUACUCGUUUAUGUUUUUUGCUACCUCUCUUGAUUAAGGGGACGACUGCCCCCUUGUUUAGAGAUUUGUUAUUCAGGAUGUGUGUGUGGUCUUAUUACAUGCACCAAAUACUUCUUAUAGAUCUGCUCUGAGGAAAUAUCUGCUGAGUGGAAAUGAAAUACACGUUGGUGAUUACUGGCGAACC